AUGUUUACGCUUGCUCGCAGCAGGCACCACGUUGCCUCUGUGCUGAGGCGUGCCGGCGGUUCGCCCGCCAGCCAAACCCUCGCGCAGCAAUGCCGCAACCUCUCCGUCCACGAAUACCGCUCCGCACAGCUCUUGGACUCAUACGGGAUCGGCGUGCCGAAAGGCGGUGUGGCGCAUAGUGCAAAAGAGGCCGCCGAAGUUGCCGCACAGGUGCAGGGGCAGGAGGAAGACAUUGUCGUCAAAGCACAAGUCCUCGCCGGAGGCAGAGGCAAGGGCCACUUUGACAAUGGCUUCAAAGGCGGUGUCCGCAUCGUCUACUCGCCUCGCGAAGCGUCGAUCCUCGCCGACCAGAUGAUCGGGCACAAGCUCAUCACCAAGCAAACGGGCGAGAAGGGCCGGAUCUGCAACAGCGUGUACAUUGUAGAGCGCAAGUUCGCUCGCCGCGAAUUCUACCUCGCCAUUCUCAUGGAUCGUACCACCCAGUCUCCUGUCAUUGUCGCUUCCAGCCAGGGAGGCAUGGACAUUGAGACCGUGGCCAAGGAAAGCCCGGAAGCCAUCAUCACUACCAAGGUGGACAUCCACCAGGGUGUCACGGAUGACAUGGCCACGAAGAUCGCCGAGGAACUUGGAUUCAGCCCGCAAUGCAUCGACCAGGCCAGGGACACCAUCCAAAAGCUCUACAAGAUCUUCAUGGAAAAGGAUGCCACGCAGAUUGAAAUCAACCCGCUUUCGGAGACCAAUGACCACCAAGUGCUCUGCAUGGACGCGAAGCUGAACUUUGACGACAACGCCGACUUCCGCCAGAAGGAGAUUUUCGAAUGGCGCGACACCUCUCAAGAAGACGCGGAUGAAGUCAAGGCCUCGGAGUCGGGGCUGAACUUCAUCAAACUCGACGGCGACAUUGGGUGCCUGGUGAAUGGAGCGGGGCUGGCAAUGGCCACCAUGGACAUCAUCAAGCUCAAUGGCGGCCAGCCCGCAAAUUUCCUGGACGUUGGGGGUGGAGCGACGCCGGAAGCGAUCCGGCAGGCCUUUGACCUCAUCACCUCCGACCCCAAGGUCACGGCCAUCUUCGUGAACAUCUUUGGCGGCAUUGUGCGCUGUGAUGCGAUUGCUAAGGGCUUGAUCCAGGUGGUGGAGCACAUGAACCUACGCACGCCGGUCAUUGCUCGCCUGCAGGGCACCAACAUGGAGCAGGCGCAGAAAUUGAUCAACGAGAGCGGGCUCAAGAUUUUCAGCAUCGAAGAUCUGCAGACGGCGGCGGAGAAGGCGGUGCAGUUCAGCAGGGUGGUGAAGAUGGCGCGGGCUGCUGACGUGAAUGUGGAAUUUUCAUUGGGAAUUUGA